CUCAGCUCAGCUAGCUUUCCCCUCCCUUGCAACUGCAAGCUUGCCCAACCCAAUAAGCUAAGCAAGCACGCACCAUACACACUCUCUAGUAGCUAGCUAAGCUAGCCGGCCGCCCCUCCUCGCACGCGUGCGCGCACCAGCAUCUAUCAUCAGAGCUAGCCACGAAACGGAUCGGAGCAGCAGAUCUCGAUCGGCGGCCCACAUGGGGGAUCACGCUGAGAUGUUGCAUGCCGCUCCGGCCAUGUACAACGGCGCUGGCGCUGCCCCUCAUGGCGGGUGGUGGAAUACGGCGGUGCCCGCGACGACGUGCUCGACGACGGAGCUGGCUGGGUUCACCACGUGGUCGUCCGCCCUGGCUGCUAGCUACGACCUGGCGGCCGAGGGGACAAAGGCCAAGAGCGCCGCCGCCUCUUCGGAGUCCCCCGGGAACAACAGCUCCGUGACCUUCCAAGAACCGGCCUGCGUCACGGAUCCUCCCGGCGUCGGAACCGCCGUGGUGCAAGUGCAACAGCCUCUUGCCACCGGUUACGCCGACUGGACACAUCCCUAUAUGAGCAGUGGCGCUACUACUUUGCAUGGGUUUCUGCAAGACGGUCACCAGCAGGACAUGAGCUCAGCAACUGAGCAGAGCUCCAUGACCGCAUCAAGCCUGAUGAACCCUUCAUCCAAUAACCUAGCCCUGGCGCUGCAAGGUCACCACCACCACCACCAGGAGCAUGAGCACCAGCAGCAGAUGCUGUCCAGCUUCGGAUCCGAGCUGCUCUUGUCGCCGACGACCUCACCCUACGGGUUCCAGUCCUCUCUGCUACGAAGCCUCAUGGAGCCGGCCGCGGCGACGAAGCAGGCUUUGCCGGGGUACCAGCAGCAGCAGUAUGAUCAGUACCAGCAGCAGAUGGGCAUGGGCCAGGCGAGGUUUGCACCACCGGCGGCCGGAGCUGCCAGCAGGGAGGCACUCCAGUUCAGCAACGACGCGCUGUUCAGCUGGAACCCUUCUGCUGCUGGGUUCGGCUUCGGCCUCGGCGUGCCGCCGGCGCCGGACCAAGCUAGCAGCGUACGUUCUGUCGUCAAACCAUCGCCGGCAGCGGCGCGUGCUACAGCGACCCUUGCAUUAAAGACUGCGCUGGAAGGAGUAGGAGAGUCUGCUAGCUCGAUCAUCACCAAGAAGAAGGCGAACGGCGAGCCGGCCUUGAAGAAGCCCAGGCUCGAGACGCCGUCUCCGUUGCCAACGUUCAAGGUUAGGAAGGAGAAGCUAGGGGACAGGAUCACUGCACUCCAACAACUAGUCGCUCCUUUUGGAAAGACGGACACAGCAUCGGUGCUCCAUGAGACCAUCGAGUACAUCAAGUUCCUCCACGACCAAGUUGGUGUCCUUAGUGCUCCAUACUUGAAGAACAACGGCCAUCAUCAAGUGCUCCGCCACUUGAAGAGCUCAAGUCCUGACAAGUCGUCCAAGGACGACGACAGCCAUGCCAGCGAGAUUUCGCUCAAGGGCCGGGGGCUGUGCUUGGUCCCCAUAUCGAGCACGUUCGCCGUAGCCAGCGAGGUGCCCGUCGACUUCGUGUGGAGCACUCCGUUCGCUGCCAACUUUAGGUAGAAGAAGGAUGAGAAUUGAGAAAGAGCCAAAGCUCUGAUCGAUCAGAGGCGUCGAAAGAGAAAUAACUACUACCUCGUUACCACAGAUCGAUCGACCUGCUGGCCCUGAAUCCUGAUUAUAUAUAUAUAUAUAUAUAUAUAUAUAUGUUUCUUAGUCUAGUGACCUAGUAGCUAGCAGUGUAUGACUGUGUAUGGUCAUGGUUAUCUCUCAUAACUGUACUAGUACUAAGCUUAUUGCAGACUAAGCUUUGCUAGCUAGAGAUGAACCUUUGGAAUGAGUCCUUGAAAGACUUGGACUCAUUCUCCAGGUUCAUCUAUCUAUCCACCCAGGGUGUAAGCUAAUAAGGGAUCACCUAAUAUAUUUGAGAGGGCACAACAAGUCUCUCUACUGAUCGUCAUCAGCUUCUAAUUAUGAUUGGUUUGUUAGGUUGCAUCAUUGGGUAGUUGUGGAAAGAUUUGUUAAAGAUGUGUAAUGGUUUCUAUACCUUAAACUAGUGACGACGGAAUGGAUCAAAGUGCGUAGCAGGUUUCUAUUGAUUGUACUACGUACCCAAUAAAAGUGGCAUCUCUU